AAAAUAAAAGACAUGUAUUGAAUUUGUUAUUUCUAGUUUUUUCACAUAGAUUCAAAGCUGAAAACUACCACACUCAUUUCCCUCCCCCAGCUCACAUCCAGCAGUUUUCGGAUCACCUCUAAUUUUUUUUUAUCUUUUAUUUUUUAUUUUUCUUUCAAGUGUUUCUUCUUACGGAUUUAUAACUGUAAUGUUCUUUUCUCUUCACCCUGAUCAAAUUUCAUUAAUUUUUGGUGUAUCAAUUAACUGUAAGAAAAUGAGUUCUGGGGAGCUUCUCAGCGUCGAGCCAUUGGAAAUGAAAUUCCUAUUUGAGCUGAAGAAGCAGAUCUCUUGUUCUCUGCAAGUGUCGAACAAAACCGACAAUCAUGUCGCUUUCAAGGUUAAGACGACCAAUCCCAAGAAAUAUUGUGUUCGGCCAAACACGGGGAUCGUUUUGCCCCGUUCUACGUGCGACAUUGUUGUCACAAUGCAGGCCCAGAAGGAGGCUCCUGCAGAUAUGCAGUGCAAGGACAAGUUUUUGCUUCAGAGUGUAGUUGCCAACUCUGAUGCAACUCCAAAAGAUAUAACUGCAGAAAUGUUUAACAAGGAGCAAGGGAAUGUUGAAGAGUGCAAGUUGAAAGUGGUCUAUGUUGCACCACGUCAACCACCGUCCCAAGUUUCCGAGGGAUCUGAAGAAGGAUUUUCCCAAGGAGUCUCUGCCUUAGAAAAUGGAGUUGAGGGUACUCGCACUUAUGUUGAUAGUCAAGACAAAUUACCAGAGGUGAAGUCUCUCGUUUCAAAAUUGACAGAGGAAAAAGCUGCUGCCAUUCAACGAGGCAACAAAUUUCGUCAAGAAUUGGAACUAUUGAAACGCAAAAGUAACAAAAGUGGAGGAGUAUCCAUGACUUUCGUGAUCAUAAUCGGCUUGGUGGGUGUAAUUUUGGGGUACCUCAUGAAAAGGACAUAAAUCGUUCGGUAGCAUCUCGUUUUUCAGCUUUUUUAUAUUCUAUUUGUCUUACUUCACCCCCACACUCACUUAUGAAAGCGUGUCGGAACAAAAAGGGAAGUUCUUGAGGACAAAUCUUAUGUCUCGGAUUCGUGUUAGCAGCCGAUGUUUUCUUCUGUUUUAGGUAAACGGUACGUCUUGGUAAGCUCGACGAUAUUUGCUUUAUCAACAUUCUUUUGUAGCUUGGAUAAAAACAUUCUGUAUCUGUGUGUAUUGUGAAGAGAAAGAUUAUUCAGCAGAUUAUUUAUUAAUCCAGUGUCUAGCCAUCAAGCCUUGGUAAAUCCCUCCCCAAAGUGUGUGAUCUGAUCUGAGUGACUCCUUAUGAUGUAUUUUGAAGUUUGAACUACAGAAUUUUGUUACCAUUUGUAGGCUCUCUUUAUAAGCGUUGAACAAGCGUUGUAUUUAGGCAUACUGAACAAAUAUGCAUUGAUCAUCACCAAAUGAUAUACUUUGAAAAUAACAUGAAAAAAAAUAAUGAUAUUUUACA